AUGUGUAUUCUGUUCCAAAUUAUUUCAACGAAAAUUCUCAAAAGAGACUCAUACGAUGAAUAUGCAUUACUAAGAAAUUUUGACAGAAUAUUUUGGUGUGAAUUUUCACAAAUUAAGAAAUAUUCUCAAAUUAUUGAAAAUCAACAAGGUUCAAGAAGAACCACAGUCUCAGCCCUAUAUGACCAUGAACAACCUAAUACCAACACUACCACCACAAGUCCCACCAACAACAAUUUUGUGCCACGUAAAACAUUGCAGGGUGACGAGCAAGAUGAAAAUUUAGAGUCUCACCAAGUGCCGAAUCCAUUUUCAGAUCCAAGCAUUCUUUGUCAAGAAGCUUUUAAAUCUAAAAAGUCAUGGUUUUGA